AUGUCCAAGGCUGCAACAGAUAUCGCACGACGCCCGGUGAUCUCUCAUCGCCGGGCUGCUAGUUGUUACGAGCAUAUGCGUGUCCGUUCAUUGUAUGAUGCUUAUGAUCAGCUAUGGACAGAGGGCAGGUCAGAGCCGUCAACAACAAAGCAUUGUCAGGAAAACUACCAGCUGCCCUCCAAACCGCUGAAAGCACCCCAAGUUACGGAUGUGCCCUGCCCCCGCACCUUGCUUCGGAACUCACGUGGUGACAAUCUUCAGCUUACUGAAGAGAUGAUGUCGGCCUACAACAUCCUGCGCGGACCUCAGCCUGUCAGUCGCAAAGAUCCUCUGCUGAACCAGAUGCAGGCAGAUGUGGGAUUGUUCUCAUUAAACGGAUCCGAAGUUUCAUCUGGCAGUGGCUCCACGCUUGCUUCAUCAUCAGGAUUCUCUAGAUUUAUGCAUAACGUCAGCUCUCCAUUUCACACUACCAUCAUCACUCCCCCCGACGAUGCUGAUGAUCUCUACUCCAACUUAUCUGACCGCACCAUAACCUGCAACAUCCGCCGCUCUCCCGAGAAGAGAGCUGUGCUACACCAGCCAUUCAUCGAGACAAAAGGUCACGAGAUGAAGGCAGAAGUCGUCAAAGACCCAUGGAAGUGCGGCCCUAUUGAUACAUCUAGAUACAAGCUCCCUCCUGCUGCAAGCGAGUACGAAGCCCGGAACGAUACAGACUGCAAGGUUGAUCUGCCUCCGUCGAUGAUCUCUCCGGAAACCUUUCUAGCAUGGUCCGAAGGGGCACAGCUCUGGGACACAGACAUCUUGCACCGAGAAUCGCGUUCUAGAGAGCCAGAUAAGCCCGUUCGUAUGCGGCCCUCAACGCCCCCUCAGUCGCCAGAGAGGGACGGUGACAACGAUGGCACAGUUCCCAGGUCUUUCCAUGAAUACGAAGAGCAAUACGACCAGGAAGAUGGCGACCGUAUGUCUCCACACUACAAGGUUCCCUUGAAUCCGUCAAUACUCUGGGAGUCUCGCCCUGUAACGCCGGAGAUGAUGUACCACUAUUUUCCUCAUGGCGAGUUUGAUCGCAUGGAUCCAGCAGCUGGACAGGCUUGUCGAGAUGCCAGUCUUGGUUUUAUUCCGGAUUUUGGAGUAGAAGGUGUCUUGCCCAUAGAUGGCGAGAUGUUCUCCGAGUACGAAAUCGAUCAAGUCCUCAACACCCACCGUGGGCCCAUCUUUGACGACAUAACUGCUGCCAAGUACAAGGAGGCCAUCAGCACUUUAGAAGAGCACCUCGCCUUCUCGGAGCAGCAAGAAACCGAGCUGGAGCAGCAAAACGAAGUUCAGCGACAGCUUCUCCGAUCCCUCGAGGUCGACCUCGCGUCUUUGCAGCCCACAUCGAGCGGAGGCGGCAGUGGCAGCGGCAGUCCGGCCGCCAGCGAGACCGAAACCUGCUACUCGCCAGUCUCGGCGCAGAGGCGAGCACGGAUCCUGCAGCACAUGGCCACCCGUCUGCGCGAGAACAUGUGGCAGCACCACUGCCGUCGCGAAGCUAUUGCCGCCGCCCGCCGCGAGAACGCGUUGCUGCGCUUGCAAGUAGGGCAAGCCAGGGAGCGGCUGCGGGCUGCCUCUGCUCAGAAGAGUGCUCUCUGGGCUGAUCAAGUCCAGCGGCGCGCUCCAACGCCUGCUCGGCAAGAUUCGCAAUAG